AUGAGAGCGGAGAGUGCUGAUCCCACCGAGAUCGGCAACGUCGAUUUAAUGGGUGCUCCCUCAAUUUUGACCUUGUGUGUAUCUUCAGUCUCUUAUGGAGCCAAAUGGAGCUUAAAAAUUGUCAAAACCGCUUCUGAGGCGAAGAUAGUCGUUUGUUUCACCGUGACGAUGGCAAACGUUAUGAGGACCGAGAGGGGAUGUGAAGGAAGAGAAAGGAGAGACAGAAGUCGAACUGAGCUCCCAACAUCAAAGGAGGAGGGAACGGUUUUCAAAACGCCGUGCUUCUGUAACCCAAAUCUCUGCCAGUCUGCUCCAGUUUCUUCAAGUUUCACGCUUCUCACUACUCAGGAACUUGACUUCUUUGCCAAAAUUAUACUCAUUUACGGUGAUGAUGCUGAUUCCUUGAGAGAUACUGGGAGCUUUAGCGUUCUCGAGGUGAAUGCACAGUUGCGAAGUGUCCAUCGUGCAGACUCUGCACAUGAUCAAAUCGAAGAGUCGGACCAGCUGUGUUGCUGA